AUUCGCCACAUGCAGUACACCUUCGGUCCAAGUCAUCACCAUUUCGAACAGGUCAUUUUGAAGUUGGCAACAUGGCACCGCCAUCUCCUGUCCAACACGAAGGCUACCAUGGCCUUCAAUCCCCGACGUCCAGCCUGCCAUCGAACGACCUGCCAAAGAACAUAACUUGGCGCGACUUGCCUAACCCGAUGGGCACAGCCAACUGGUUCAGUACAUUUGUCAUGUUUUGGAUUGAACCGAUGAUGCGUCGCGGCGCCAAGCAGACGCUCAUGGAGGAAGAUGUGUGGAAGCUGUGCCCGGAACACACGUCCGCUGUACUCCACAGCCGCUUUGACGGGUUCUGGCAGCACGAGAAGCUGCAGCCGCAUCCGAGCUUCGCCAAAGCCAUGAUGCGCACCAUGCGAUCACAAUGGUACUUCAAUGUGGCGCUGUACGCAUUGUACGCUGCGCUCAUGUUGCUGCAGCCCAACAUCAUCAAGUCGCUUCUGCAGUUCCUCCAAGCCAAAUCGAACGACGACCAAGUACCUGUCCACACAUCCCUGGGCAUCUCGUCGGGGUAUGCCCUCGCGGCGCUGCUGACUGUCCAUUCGUUCUUGUCCGUGACGAUCAUCGACUUUGGCCAGUACGUGUCGUCCAACUUGGGCGUGAACGCCAAGUCCAUCGUCAUGGAUUCGGUCUACCUCAAGUCGCUCAAACUGUCGGGCUUUGCCAAACGCAACAUGUCGUCAGGGGAGAUAGUCACGCUGUCAUCCGUGGACUCAGAGCGGUUGUUCCAGGGGUUCCUUCUCGGGCCAUGGGUCCUCGUCGCGCCCGUGACCGUGCUGGCCGUCUUCAUCAUGAUUGGCUUCGAUCUGGGCGCCUUGUCCGGUGUCGUCGGCGGCGUCGUCAUGGCAGCAUUGUUGUACAGCGGCUACACCACAUCCACGGCCGUUGGCGCCGUCCGCCGCGAAAUCCUCACCGUCCAGUCCGAGCGCGUCAAGCUAACCAACGAGAUGCUCCAGGGGGUGCGCGUGGUCAAGCUGUACGCGUGGGAGUCGCCGCUGGAGGCGCGCAUCGCGUCCAUUCGAGACGAGGAGCUGGCCCUGCUCAAAAAGUACCAGUACGUGCGCGUGCUCAACACUGUGACGCUGUCGAUCGCGCCGAUUCUGUCACUUGUACUGUGUCUGGCCGUGUAUGUGGCUCAAGGCCACGAGCUCACGCCGUCGCUGGCGUUCACAGCUCUCGCGUACAUGAACGUGGCUCGGCUACCGUGCACCGUUUUCUCCAGCUCCAUCAUGUUUGCGUUAGAAGCAUGGGCAUCCUCUACGCGAGUUGGCACGUUCCUCUUGGCCGACGAAAUCGCACAACCAUGGCACUUUUAG